CCCGGGGCGCUCCAGAGCCACGCCGCCCGCGCCCAGGGUGGGGCCAUGUGGGGCGGCCGCCGGCCAGCCACCGCCUCCGGGAGCGCCGCCUCGCUGCUGCCGCUGCUGCUGGGUGCGCUGCUGGCGGCGGGCGCGCGGGCGGGCAGCGAGUACUGCCACGGCUGGCUGGACGCGGAGGGCGUCUGGCGCCUCGGUUUCCAGUGCCCCGAGCGCUUCGACGGCAGCGAUGCCACCAUCUGCUGCGGCAGCUGCGCCCUGCGCUACUGCUGCUCCAGCGCCGAGGCGCGACUGGACCAAGGCGGUUGCGAUAAUGACCGGCAGCAAGACACUGGCAAGCCUGGCCGGCCGGACAAAGACAGCUCCGACGGCUCGGCAGUGCCCAUCUAUGUCCCGUUCCUCAUUGUGGGCUCCGUCUUUGUCGCCUUCAUCAUCUUGGGCUCCCUCGUGGCGGCCUGUUGCUGCAGAUGCCUCCGGCCCAAGCAGGAACCCCAGCAGAGCCGAGCCCCUGGGGGCAGCCGCUUGAUGGAGACCAUUCCCAUGAUCCCCAGCGCCAGCACGUCUCGGGGGUCCUCCUCCCGCCAGUCCAGCACAGCCGCCAGCUCCAGCUCUAGCGCCAACUCGGGUGCCCGGGCCCCCCCCACAAGGUCACAAACCAACUGCUGCUUGCCCGAGGGGACCAUGAACAAUGUGUAUGUCAACAUGCCCACCAACUUCUCUGUGCUGAACUGCCAGCAGGCCACCCAGAUUGUGCCUCACCAGGGUCAGUACCUGCACCCGCCCUACGUGGGGUACACAGUGCAACAUGAAUCGGUUCCUUUGCCCCCCAUGCCUCCUUUCAUGGAUGGCCUGCAGGCUGGCUACAGGCAGACCCAGUCCCCCUUCCCUCACCCUAACAGUGAGCAGAAGAUGUUCCCGGCUGUGACGGUGUGA